UUUGUCAUGGCGACGACAUAUCGCAUGCAGACACUGGUGAUCAAAGUUAUAAUGCCUUAUAAUUAGCUUCCGUGGACGCAAACAAGCUGGAAGAAACUUGCAAGAUCUCUCCCGAUCUCUCUCACUGUCUUAUCUGCAACAUGUAGCACUAUCACCGUCUGCAGCCGGAAAAUAUUGUGUAUACGUGGACAUGGAGUCUGCUGCCGAAACCAGUGCUGACGCAAUGGAUUUUGCCGAGACGAUGUCGUAUCUACAUCAUUUACUGAUCACUCUAGUCGUACUUCUUGUUUUUCGAGUCUUUCUCACUAUGUACCGAAUUUGGAAUGCAGACGAUGCGUGUAAAACGAAACGGCCAAGGCCAGUGAAGCUUAUGAUCGUCCUGGGUUCAGGGGGCCACACCUUCGAAAUGUUGAAGCUCGUCGAAAAUGUAUCGCCUGGCGCGUACAGCCCACGGAUCUACGUGACAGCUACGAGCGACAGCAUGAGUGCGGAAAAGGCGAAACAGCUGGAGAUGUGGAGGGUUGCAUCUUCGUCUCAGGUUUUGCUCUUGAGGUUCUUGUCCUCCAAGAAAGAUUCGAGCGAUAGUCCAGAGAUGGAAGAGCCGUCGGACUACAUUGUCGAAAGAAUUCCACGUUGCCGAGAGCUGCAUCAGUCAUGGUUCACGACGGUGCCCACGACGUUCUAUGCCAUCCUUCGUACGAUCCCAGUUUUGUACAGGCACCUUCCAGAUGUUAUUGUGUGCAAUGGUCCCGGUACUUGCUUCCCGGUCAUUUUGGUCUCUUUUGUCUUUGCGGUGCUCGGCAUCAAGAAGACGGUACUCAUCUACAUUGAGAGCUUCUGCCGUGUCCAGACGCUGUCCACCACUGGCAGACUCCUCUACCACAUUGUGGACCACUUUGUUGUCCAGUGGCCUCAGCUUACAUCCAAGUACACGAGGGCAAAGUACCACGGCCUCCUGGUCUAGACGUAACACGGUUCGUCGAGCUAACAAGCGCUGUACCACCUCGGAGCCGUAGAAGGGCUGGGUUAAUUUUGGGGGCAGCAGCAAUGCCUAAUCUGUGCUGUUAGAUACUAAUGAUUUGUUUAUGAGCUGAAUGGCUGCUAGAACGUGGUGGAACGAGCGGGUUUUGAAACCGUCGUUUCAAGCUUGGGGAAAUACCGAAGGAAAAGAUGUAUUCAUAUAAAGGAGGAACCAUAGAUACAGGAAGUGGGCAGGUCAUUGCCGGACCAGCAGCAGUUAUGGAGUCGAAGCCGUACAUUCUGUCUGUCGCGAUUUCUUACCUGUACUACAAAAUUAACGCGCAACAACGAAAACAUUUUAAGAACUCAAUUGUUUGAUAGAAUUUGAUUCUGGGCGUUAGAGGCUUACGUGUCUGUGUCGUCCGUGUUUGUGGCCCGCCUCAGCUAAUUUCUCGUUGUUAGCAAAAACAUAUCUGCCACCGUAGCAUCUUAAAUUAAAUGGAGUCGAAAGCUGCAGACGAUUAGAAAACGAUGGCCACGAAAUCAACCACACACUAAAUAUACAGGGUGUCCAGUGAGAAAGUGUCAUUAAAUUUCUAAAAAUAGGUUUAACUUCAGAAAAUUAUGAAACCACUUCGAAUACUGUCAAAUUUUUGUACAAAUCUUGUGAAGAAACCUGUGAUUUCGGUUGGAAUAGUGUGCUAUGACCAUUGGCUUCCGAAUUCAUCCAGAAAAACGAUACCUUUGCUUGGCUAAUUUUUGAGUUCAAUUAGCAAAAUAAGCUUGAUUCAGUCUGUGUGUGUGUAUUCCAAGUAGUUUCAUAAUUUUCUUAAGUUAGACCUAUUUUUAGAAAUUUAAUGACACUUUCUCACCGGGCACCCUGUAUGUAGAAGCAUGUAAAAGAAAUGUGGGAAACAUGUUGUGCAAGUGUUUGUAUAGUUUUUCGCUUCCAUACUGCUGCGCUUUUAUCUAACAGUGACCUGGAACUCACGAGCCCCAUAGAUCAUCCGAGACCGAAUAUUCCUCCGACGAGACUCUGCCUAUUUUACCCAGAGCUGUUUUACUUUUGCAUAUCAGUGCACGUACCUCUUGGUCUGGAAAGUCAGCGGAAGAGCUGGCGUCUUCGUCUUCCCCGUGGAGGACUCUGGAAGAAUCGCGGGUUCGACCUCCGGAGUCCAUGACGGGGUCGACGCCAUUUCCAGUCGGACCUUCCUUUUCUUUUUAAAGGGGUCCAUUCGCGUUAGCCUAGUCUGUUAGUCGGAAGGCUCCAGUAGAGCCGUAGUCCGUUCUGCUUGCUAUGAGAGAGCAGCUAUAGUAGAGAUGUUAUUUUGCACACACGGGCCGUUGCCGUGGACAGUAUCUGCGAGGUUGCUUGACGUGCAUGCUGAUGUAGCAGAAAAGCUGCACUGUACGCGUGGGAUUUGCAUCCUAAAUAAUUUCGUGCUUUUUAAAAAAAAAUUGUGGGAGGGGGGGACAAAACCCGGUUUUAUUUCGGGAGCCGUAAAAUGGGUAAAGCCGGGAAUGUCACGCAAAAGACGAGAUUUACACUUGAAGGUACGAAUAGAGCUCUUUUUUUUUCUUAAAACCUUGGGAAAAAACAAUUUUUACAAGUUUUACCCUAAGUGAUGGUGAUAAAAAUCUGGGGGUAAAAAAAAACAGGUUUUACCCUAGAUCAUGAGGCUCCCAUCAAAAAUUACACGCAAAAUAUUAAAGAGGCACUAAAGUGUAAAAAAAAUUGUCCCGAAGGAUUCAAAACUUGAACUUGUUUAUCUGCAGAAAGCAAGUAUUUUCUUCGAUACAUAAAAGCAUGCACAUUUGGCACGAUUUAAUGAUAGUUGACAGCAUUUCUGAUACAUCCCCAUGCACAUAAACCAUGUACGAGUGUCGGACACGAAAAAUGACGCACGAGCGGUUGUUUGCUCACAAAGAUAACAAAAUAUUCUCUAUUUUUGACAUACUACCAGAUCAAAAGAACAUUAUAUUUACUAAGCACUUCCAGCUGUGGCACAUGCCAGCCGUACUGUGGCGUGUUUCUUUUCCAAAUUUGUGCUUUUAGAAAUUUAGAAAUUGCGGGAGAACUCGUUCGCUCUUUAUUCUGGAAUACGCUAGACUUUCGUUAACCCGACACCGACGGGACCACGAAAUUGUGUCAAAUUAUCUCGAGGUUCAAUUAGAUGGUGAGAAACUCAAGGUCACAGUGAUCACCAGCGGGAUUUAAAAAAAAAAAGUUCUGCCGCUACGCUCCACCGAAUGAACACGGGCCUCCCCUGUAGGCGAAUAGGGGUCAGAGCUCUGGCUUUCCUCCUCACCAUGGUUCAUGCCGCAGGUGUUCAUUUGUGCUGUAGUGCCAGAAUGCAAACUGUGAUUUUGGUGCUUUUUCGGCCUAAUUUCAGGUCCGUACAAAUGCGUGUGGGUGAUCGCCGGGACCUUCGAGCGUAAUCAAAUUAAGCAAAAAAAAAAAAAAGGAACGAACGGAAGCCUACCGUAUUUACAGACGUUUAAAGUGCGGUUCUCGAUAGUAUUUCUGUCAAUGUGCCCAAAAUUUCCAGCAAGUACCGUGCCACAUGCCCUAUACACAGAAUGUUAACGGAACGCUUCUCGUCACCGCAUCCGUGUGCAUUUAGAGUCAGUAUUGCCUAAUUUUUUUACGGAGAUACUACGAUACUACUACAGUGAAAGAGAAGCAAACAUUGCACUCCCUUUGCUCAAGAAUUCUUCAAGGAGGAAACAAUAUCACACAUCCCCAUAUAGCAAACACGUACCACAUCAGCCUUUUUUUCUGGGCACACAGGUUUAGUACCGAAGGUAUUGUCUCGGCAGCUGUACUCUUCAUAUUUCGACUUAAAAAGGAAUGCAUGUUAAUCCCGAAACGGGUGUCGGUGCUUUCGAGCUGGUCUCUCGGUGCCGGCGUCUGUCGAUGUACAGGGAAUGAGUGUCGAAAAAAAAAAAAAAAAAGAGAGAAGAGAUAUAACUGUUACGCUAUAAUAACCUGGUGAGGUUUUUUGUUUUUUGGCUAGUCCUUUGGAUUUACACGCACGUUUAGAGUGGCUAACUUGGCAGUAUAUAUAUUCUGUGCGAUUCAGGAGACCCAGAACGGCAGGUCCGUCACGGGCGAAUGAGUGGCGCGACCACUUAUACUGCGACUACCCCUAGCUAGUUUCGAAACGGCAAUUAUUUUUAGUACCUGAAGUGACAGAUAGAUUACACACGCACAUCUGUCUUUUUUUUUUUUUUUUUUCCUCUCUCAACUUUUUUGAGGUGUUCCCGGAUUCUUUGUGUUCAGGCUCCAGCUUCUGUGAGUUUUCUUUCUUUCUUGCUUUCUUUCGUUCUCAUAAUUGACGCAUGUCAGGGUUCUUGGGACUGUCCGUAGAGACGAUGGUGGAGCUUGCGUUUUUUUCGCGCAAGUACCACGUUUUUGUGUUCUUUGUGUUUUUGUGGUGGAAAUCCUGACUAGAUGAGUAGAGGGAGAGGAUAUGUUCUUGCUUAGAAAUGCAACACGUUGCAUGCACUGUGCGUUGCUUUAAACAAGGUUUGCCAACUGAGUGCACAUUCUCCAUUUGUAACCAUUCUCUUGGCCACGAAAUAAAUUUCCUUCACACACUCAA